UUUUCAAAGGGGUCCAGUCACCCAUGAAUGAGCAGGCAACGGUACUUGUUAACAGACUCACAGACCUGCCUAUGGGACUGCAGCCACAGGACGCAGAGAGAGACAAGUUCCCCAAGCUUCAGCAUCCCACCACAGAUUGGGCAACUUCUUCUUCUCUACUAAAUUAACUUCUGCUGAGGGGGCCUCAUUUUGACACCGUCUCCUGCAGUGAUCAAAGCUGGGAAGUUCUGGAAUUUAGAAGAAAAGCUACUUUUCAGGCUACUGCUCUCAAGAUGAAUCCCUCUAUUUCACUGGUGGUACUAUUGACUGUGUGGGCUUCCGAUGCGAAAAAAUUUCCACAGACAAACAGUGCAUCUCUUGAAAAGGAUAUGUUAAAUCUCGACAUUCAAGUCAUUCAAAGCCAUGGUUAUGACAAUGAGGAUGUGAAAGGACUGGAAUGGGACAAGCACCACAAGAGAGCACCGCGGGGUGCAGACGACGAGGACACAGGCGCAGGUGAACCUCAGUCUACCUUCUCACGGUCUUAUGAGAACGAGUUCACCUCACCCAGAGCUACCCAGUUCUCUAGCUCAACCCUGGAAACUGGGGCCAACACAGACUCAACUCUGGAAACUGGGGCCAACACAGACUCAACCCUGGAAACUGGGGCCAACACAGACUCAACCCUGGAAACUGGGGCCAACACAGACUCAACCCUGGAAACUGAGGCCAACACAGCCUCAACCCUGGAAACUGGGGCCAACACAGACUCAACCCUGGAAACUGGGGCCAACACAGACUCAACCCUGGACACUGGGGCCAACACAGACUCAACCCUGGACACUGGGGCCAACACAGACUCAACCCUGGAUACUGGGGCCAACACAGACUCAAAUCUGAACACUAGGGCCAACACAGACUCAAGCCUGGACACUGGGGCCAACACAGACUCAACCCUGGACACUAGGGCCACUGGGGCCAACACAGACGUGGAUCAGGGCAACAGCAGCACUACAGGAAGGUGGAUCACCAACAUCCACAACCCUCUGUACCCAGUGACUGACAGUUCUUACACUGCCUACGCUGUCAUGUUCCUGUCCCUGGUGGUGUUCUCUGUGGGGAUUAUAGGGAACCUGGCUGUGAUGUGCAUCGUCUGGCACAACUACUACAUGAGGAGUACCUGGAACUACAUCCUGGCCAGCCUGGCUUUUUGGGACUUCCUGGUGCUCUGCUUCUGUUUACCUGUGGUGGUCUUCAAUGAGCUCACCAAUAAGAGGCUGCUGGGGGACAUCUCAUGCAGAGCGGUACCAUAUAUGGAGGUGACCUCCCUAGGGGUGACAUCCUUCAGCCUGUGUGCCCUGGGUAUAGACCGCUUCAACUCUACCAUCUGCUCCCAGCCCAAAAUCCGUCGAGUGGAGAGCUGCCAGUCCAUCCUGGCCAAGCUGCUGGUAAUAUGGCUGGGCUCCAUGGUACUGGCGGCACCAGAGCUGCUCCUGUGGCAGCUCAGCCAGGCAGUGUCUCCAGGCACAGGGGCCGUGGUGGACUCCUGCACCAUGAACCCCACCUCCAACCUCCCCGAGUCCAUCUACGCCCUGGUCAUCAACUACCACGAGUACCGCAUGUGGUGGUACUUUGGUUGCUACUUCUGCCUGCCCGUGGUCUUCACCCUGCUGUGCCAGUUGGCCACCUGCCACGUGUCCCAUGACGGUAUCCCCCGGCGCCUGGAGGAAGGUUCCCUCUCCAAGAAGCAGAAGAUGCAACACAGUCAACAGGUGGAGCGCCAGCUCAACUGCACCGUGAUGGCUCUGGCCGUGGUCUACGGCGUCUGCGCCCUGCCGGAGAACGUGUGCAACAUCGUCCUGGCUUACACCGCCAUGCCCAUCUCUGACGACACCGCCACCCUGCUGGCCCUCAUCAACCAGUUCUCCCUGUUCUUCAAGUCGUCGGUGACGCCGGUGCUGCUGCUGUGCCUCUGUAAGUCUCUGAGUCAGGCCUUCAUGGACUGCUGCUGCUGCUGCUGUGAGGAGUGCCAACCCAGUGGCUCCCAUUCCCCUGGCACCGAGGCCAAACUCAAGAGCACCAACGAGAUGUCCUCCUCCAUCUUCUUUGACAAAGCCAAGGACAGCUCCACCGUCCUGUCGAUCAGCGGGUCCAGCUGAACUGACCUCUCCUGCUUUCUUUCCUUUCCAUCGCCUAAACUGGUUAGAUGUGGUAACAAAGCAACUCACCUUUCAGCAGUGGACAUUCCAACCUCAACCAUAGACACACCUUUUUGUUUUCCAGUGCCAGCGUCACCUUCUCUGUAGCCUUAAUGUCUGUAAUGUCUCUCCUUUUGAUGUUCUCUCCAAAUAGAUACAACACCCCAUCCAGUUUUAAGGUGGUUCAUUUGACAGGAAGUUCAGACAUUGACUAAGUGCAGACUAGGGGGGGCUGGAGAGAAGAAGGAGAAGAGCUCCAUUUAAUAUCCUUGUAGAAGUGUCACCCCAAUGUGUGUAUUUUAAGGAUUAUUAGGUCAAAAACAAACAGAGUAUUAUGUUAGAUUACUAUACUAGGGUUGACUAACAGCCCCAGAGUGUCCCGGCACUGAGAUCAUUAUUUCUUGAUGUCACAACUAUUAACAUAUCUGUAAUAUGAUGUGUGUUGGCUCUUUAGUCGACACAGAUAAGUUUGCCUUGUCAUUUUAUUCAUGCCCCCCCCCCCCCCCCCCCCCCAAUUAUCGACACAGCUAUUUCAUCUUUAGCCGUCCCAUGUCAUUGUAUCAAUUAUUGUUUUGAGUUAUAUUAAUAAUCAACAGGGAUGGUUUAGACAUAGUAUUUUCCAUCAAAUCAAAGUGCUGUGAAUAAUGCAAAAUUAUUUUACCAGAUAAUCAUGAGAAGUCACUGUACAGAGGUCAAGGUUAUAAACUGGUUAUAAGAAGGUUAGGAAAGAAGUCAGACAUCAUUUUAUGAAUAAGAGACACAGCUGUAGUUGUGUUUAAUUUAUCCAAUAAAGGUUUGUAAUUUAUCAGCGCUAGUCAUUUUUCUCACGGAGAGAUUUCAUAAAUGUUAGUUUUAAAAAAAUUGCUCAACCAGAUGAAGGGAUUUUGGGUGAUUUGUGCUUGAUGCGCAUCCCAUUGACCAUCUGAAACUCAAUAAUGGGGUCCUCUCUCUGACCUGGAACAUAUUUCUCCUCUCACUGAUUCAGGCUUUGGACAGCAGCAGAGCUCCUCUCAUAAGGGUGUCAUUGUUCUCCAGGGGCCAGUGGAAGCCUCCACUCUGAGGCCCUGGGAGUGGAACUACAGUUGAGUUGCCAGGUUACCGUCCCAAAAUUCACGGGUAUUGUAGACGGGCCAAAACCGGACAGGCCUUCCAUCGUUUUCUCACCCCUGUCUGGUGCUCCAGUCCAAAUGAACACGUGGCACUACUGCAUGUUCUCUCAUGUUGUCGUGAAGGUUUGAAAGAAAUAUAUGUGUUUUUUUUAUACUUAAAAUGGAGAUGGACGUUGGCUUGGGGAUGUGAGAAGUUUCCAUUGUGAUGGACUAGGUUCAAUCAGAGAACACCACCACAGCACAGACACCAGAAUUAUGUAAUGCGUUGUUUCCAACAUACAAUGAAACUCAAGCCAACCUGAUUGGACAGCAUAUCAAAAGAUCACCAGUAAGCCAAUAGAGGGCAAUAGUAAUGGCGUCUUUUUGUAGGUAUUAACAAGAGGCUAACUUCACCAUGGCUUGUUGGCUAAAGCCUAUGGGGAUCAACACUGUAAAUAAGGUCUGAGGAGAUCUUAUACUGUACGUUUUGCUCUAUGAGAUAAUCUUCAUCAGCUAACCAGUGUCCAUUUUCAGGUUCCUAUGCCUCUGCUGCAGUUAGUUAUUUAACUUUAAGUUAGUAAUUAUUGUAACCCUUACGAAAAAAGAUUGUAAUUAUUUUAACCCUUACGAAAAAAGAUUGUAGUUAUUUUAACCCUUACGAAAAAAGAUUGAAAUGAUUUUAUCCCUUACGAAAAAAAGAUUGUAAUUAUUUCAACCCUUACGAAAAAAGAUUGUAAUUAUUUUAACCCUUACGAAAAAAGAUUGUAAUUAUUUCAACCCUUACGAAAAAAGAUUGUAAUUAUUUUAACCCUUACGAAAAAAGAUUGUAAUUAUUUUAACUCUUAUGAAAAAAUAUUGAAAUUAUUUUAGCCCUUACGAAAAAAGAUUGUAAUUAUUUUAACCCUUAUGAAAAAAGAUUGUAAUUAUUUCAACCCUUACGAAAAAAAGAUUGUAAUUAUUUUAACCCUCACGAAAAAAGAUUGUAAUUAUUUUAACUCUUAUGAAAAAAGAUUGAAAUUAUUUUAGCCCUUACGAAAAAAGAUUGUAAUUAUUUUAACCCUUACGAAAAAAGAUUGGAAUUAUUUUAACCCUUACGAAAAAAGAUUGGAAUUAUUUUAACGAAAAAAGAUUGCUGCAAAUAGCGUGUCCAAAAUAACACCUUUUUUUACGACAGUAAUUUUGCAGUGUAACUGCAGUGUAACUGCAGUGUAACUGCAGUGUAACUGCAGUGUAACAGUGCACUGUACUGUAAAUGCAGUUCAACUUUUGCAAGGGCACCUUUUGUCAAUUUUGAAGCAUUUAUGUAAUCAAAACAAGAACAUAGAGUGUUCAUCAUUGAUAAAGCUGAUCUAUUCUGACUGGUAUUAUCUCAUAAAACAAACUGUAUAAGAUCUCCUAAUGCUAUGUUAACUUCAGACCUUAUUUUCAGCGUACAGUGGGGCAAAAAAGUAUUUAGUCUUGUUUUGUCUGUCAUAGUUGAAGUGUGCCUAUGAUGAAGAUUAUACAGGCCUCUCUCAUCUUUUUAAGUGGGAGAACUUGCACAAUUGGUGGCUGACUAAAUACUUUUUUGCCCCACUGUAUAUCCCAAAACCCCAUUCUUUCCUCAUUUAAUUUUCAUCAUAGGACUGGCAAACAAACCAGAGGUAGAAAAUGCUAACUCAUGAAUGUUUUUUUACCAAUACCCAAUUGUGAUUAGCUUAGAAGUCAGUUUGAAUGUACAGAGACAGUCUGGUUUCUCCAUUAAAUGAUGCACUGAUUGAAGGGUUUAGAGACAGAGGAGGUAUUUUUUCCCACCGGGGGUGGUUGACCUCUUUAGAGUCUCUCUCUCUGGGUCUUGGAGCGUGUUCAGAGGCUGUCAGGGCCUGGGCAGAUGGUGCUGGAGCCUCAUUAGCAGUGAGCGGAGCUCCUCACCAGCUCCUGUGGACACUAAUGACUGAACAGUGAACAGUCGCCUCUCUGUUUCAUUAACGAAGCCACCGACACAAAUCGACUUCCCCAUGCCACAACAUCCAGUGUCAGUCCGCUAACAUACAAGGACUGAGGGAGUGGGAUGGUUUUACGAAGCCCUGCAACAGGUAAACAAAUGGAGAGAGUCAUUCCAGGAUGAAAAGUUGACUACAUGAUGACGCAGCAAGCUGGCGUUACAAGCAGCAAUAGGACAGAAGUUAUCAACCGUAUGGAUCAGAUAAUGUGCACUCAUUUGAUUGAUACUGUAAGGGCAUUUCUAAAUGCUUGAUGAAACAAUGUUUUUGAUUAAACUACUUUUUCCUGCA